AUGCAGGCCGACAACACCAAGCCCGGCCAGGGUUACCGGUUGGGGCACACAGGCGGCGGAGCCCUAUCGCAACUGCCCGCCGGCGAAGCUAUGCCCAGGGCACGAUACGAGAAUGAAGGCCCCCCGGCAGCCGUGUCGUUCCUGCUUAUCAUCCUCGGGAUCGCUGCCCUAUGCAUCGCGGCGGUCUACCUGAGGGCGUCUACUCUUCACGACAGAGAGAUCAAGAUAUCGGCCUACGAAGAGACCAUCAGCGAGUGGACCGCCUUCCGGCCUACCUUCGCCCGCCUGUCGAUCAACGUCACCGCCCACUUCGGGGUUGCCCCGGUGAACACCACCUCCCCGGGAUUGGACCCGAAUCCUCCCCCCCCCGGAACGCCGCUGGCCCUAGCGGUCUCGGAAGAUGCAGAUCCGAUCCACGAUGAGGAAGGAGACGCGGGAGGGCUACCGAACUACGUGCCUUUGAAGCUUGAGAGGGGUGUGGCCCCACCGCCGUGGCGAACCGCUCGCCGCUUCCCUCCGCCACAAGAAAAUUCUCAGGAAGAUUCUCAGGAAGAUUCUCAGGAAGGUUCCGAAGAAGUUCCCGACGAAGGUUCCGAAGAGGAAGGAGGUCAGCCGGCCAACGAGGACGGCGGCGAUGCCGCGGGGGAGGCGAGAGACGACGAAGGACUAGUCACCUCCGGCACCGCCACAAGUAGCGGCGACGUGGGUGGCGGCGGUAGCGCCCGUAGCGGGGGGGGGGAGCGCCGGUGGCGGCGUCGACUGGAAAGCGGUGGCAGCGGACGAGAGAAUGUGCGUACGGGUGAUGAGUCCCCGGCAGCGGAGGCGGAGGCGCCGUGGCCUUUGUCCGACGUGGUGGCGGAAGGCGCUAGUGUUGGCGAAGGGGGCGAACAGCAGUCCCGUACCAGCGGCAGCGAAGGACGCCGUAGGGUCGACGCGCUAGGGGACGAAGAGGGGAAUGUCGGAGAAGAGGAAGGGGGAGGGGAAGAAGACGACGGCCUAGCAGCGGCGGCGACGCUCCCCCCGGGUUUCAUUCCCGAGGCGGCGUUCGACGACGCCCCCUCGGUGCGGUUCGUCUUCUCCGCGCGACUGGAGCCGGCGCCGACGUCUUCCAAGGGCGGCAAGAAGGGGUUCCAAGGAGGAGACGGAGGUGCUAACGGUGGCCGGGGGAGGCUGCUGCUGCUGCAGCCUGAAGAGGAUGGGAAGGCGCGAUGGCGGUGGCGGUGGCGCCGGCGACGGGAGACGGAGGACGGGCGUCGGAGGAUGAAGAAGGCGCCGGCGGCAGCGGCCCCGGUGCUGGCGGAGAUGGUGACCGAGUGGACGCCGCUGACCCGCAUCAGAGAAGAGCACGCGCCGAUGCCGGCCCCGGAGACGAAGUGCAUGCAGGUUAGGUUAUAG